AUGUGGCCGUACGGAGAGGUUCGGGAUACGGACUCAGUAUUCGAGAAGGAGAAGCAGCUAGGCGAGACUAGCUCUGUUCGCGCGGACUAUAUUCUGACUUCUCAAGAGACCAACAUCCUAGUCGUCGAAGAAGCCAAAUCACAGGGCGUAACGGCAUUCAAUGUUCCCGUGCCCACUAUCUAUGGGAGGGGUACAGGAGUAGAGAAGAAGCUGUCCGCGAGCAUUCCGGCAUACAUCAGGACUAGCAUUAAGAACAAGACCGUUCACAAAUUCGAGAAAGACUCUCGCCCACCUGCGGCCCAUAUUUCCGACAUGACAGACUUCUAUGUCCGGCUCGUCGACAAAAUCCUGCGGAAGGAGUCGAUCCCAAGCGGCGAGAACGGGUAUUAUUUCGUCAUGGCUCACAGAAUCCCUUGGUGGACCGUCAUGCAGCGCAUCGCCGACGGACUACAUGCUCGAGGGCUAGUGGAGGAUCCACGAGUCCAAGUCUGGUCCAGCUACGAGACAGCUGCAGAGCAACUCGGUUUUCCACCUCAACACGUGAAGGCCAUGGGGACUUGCGACGUGCAUGUUAUUCCGGUGAAUGCAUUCCGACUUGGAUGGCAGCCUCAGUGGGACGAAAAGCGAUUUUUGGGAAGCAUAGAUGACGAAAUUCAGGCUGUGCAGGAACUGGACACAUUUAAACCUACAAUAUUUGACGCUAUCAUGCCUUCUAAGAAUUGA